CUUAUUUUAUUUUCGUUCUUUUCUAAUUUUUUUUACUUAAACAAAUGGAAACAUUUUGAACCGAAAAAAUUCUCGCUCAAGUAAAUUUAAAGCCUCCUCCUUUAAAUGAAACAGCUGCUUUCCAAUCGCCCUGUUAUUUGAGGGGUUUGGAAAAUUGGAUAAACUCGUCGGUAAAACGGGGAAUAAUCAUGGAAUUUCAUUUCUUUUAAAAAGUGAACACUGUGAAGGAUUUUAUCAACUUUUAAUAUUCGUAUUCAUCAUUUCUUACGGGAUUUUUGCUUUUUAUCAAGUCAUUGUAUCGUGUUUUGGAAUACAUUGGUAUCGAAGCUGUUCAUUUCGAAGGAGAAAUAGAAGGUUCAAAUGGAAGUUGAACAACACCAAGAACUAGAAGUGACCGAAGUCACCUCAAAAGUGUACGAUAUUAUCCAUCCGACUCCGGUUUCGCUGAAACAACUAUCAGCAAUCACCAUUAGUCUAGAAAUAUGGCGACGUAAAGUGAAUGAAUAUCGCACAGGUAGAAAAUUGGAGAAAUUUGACCCAUGCAGGCUGCGAAAAGAAACUACCUGGAUGAAAACUAUGCUUCCUGAUUUACCGUCCACGAUUUACAAGACGAUCGAAGAAGUUGUCUCAAGAUUUGGGCAUUCGAUGAAAAUUUGGCGAAUUGAGCAUUAUAAAAAAGGAUUUUGUUUUCAAUACAGUGAUGAGAACCAUGUUUUAGAAGACUUCGAUGAUUUUGUGUGCGAUUAUGAUGGCUCCAUUGAUUACGCGAGGACAGCAGAACGUAUGAUGCGUUGUGAAGGAUUCAAUUCGGAAAUGAAGUUUAUAGUCGCUUGUUUGUAUAUCUUCGAAGACGAUAUAAGACGAAUUUGGCCAUCAGUAUCGAGAAACAUGAACAUAGAUUUGAUUAAAUUUCACGAAUGCCCGCAACUGUAUUAUUGGAUUUGCGUUCUCUCGAAUCAAUUAGACAAAAUACCACUCUGGAUUGGUUGGAUUGGUGAAACUGUUGACGAAACUAUGUUUUUUCAUUAUAUGCGUUAUAAUAGACCUUCGAUGGUGUAUUUUUGGAAUCUUAUACCUCCCGAAAACCAAAUGCGAAAAGUUGUUCACUACAUAAAGGGUUAUAAUUUGGUUAGAUUCAUUUUACCAAAACUGGAUGAUGAGCAGCUCGAUAAAUUCGUAAAUUAUGAGUAUGAAGAUGGUGAUGAAUUGUGUGACACAUUUGUACGACUACAUUGCGAUGAAUGGGUCGUCCUGAGAACUUGGUUCCACAUCAGGAACAUUUUAAAGAAAAGUAAUUAUACAAAUUUGAUCGUUCGUAUGCUUGAAAUUGAGGAUAACUAUUAUAGAGAUGAGUUCUAUGAACAGGAAAAAUGGGAAUAUUUGUGUUGUCAGAUAUGGAACCAUUCGCUUCCUACUUUAAAACCAUCGGUGAUUAGAGUUAUCUCAUCUGAUAGUAGCUGGUUGGAAGAUUUUCGUCAGAUUAACGUCGAGUUGCUAUUGACUAUUCUACAAGAUGCAUCUUUGGAAGAACGAAACUUAUUCUUGCGUAACUGCUGGAGUGGGUUAACUAAACGAGUUCGAAGAAAAAAUUUGCAACGAGUAAUAGAAUUGUGCCUUGAGAACGCAGAUGAGAUUAAUCAGUUCAAGCAAAGCGUAAUGAUUAACAGCAGAGAUACCCUUCAAUACUGUGUGACCUUGUUGCAAGAUUCGUGUUUCGAAGAAUUGAAUGCCUUUGCAAGUUUCUGUUGUGCCGAAUUGCCAGCAGCGAGAAAUCUUAAACAACAAAUACUGCAGUCGGCUUUUCUCGCUGAAUAUUGCAAACUUACUCCUGACAAUAUCCGUCGAGUCAGAGACCUCGAUGAAUUCGUUAAUGAUGCUUUCGACAACGUUGAUGUAUGCACUGACUUUAAGAAUGUGCUGAUUUCGGCCUCUUCAUUUAUGAUACAUUUAUGACGCUUGGUUUCUUUUGAACGUGUUUCUUCGGAAAUGAUCGUCAAAUUUAUUACUACCCUGUUUUCUACGGAAGAAACAGUUGUAAUGCAGGUCAAAAAGAGUUUGAUUGAUUCGUUCAAAGGGCGUUUCAUGGAUGUUGCACGUAUGCCUCUUUAUCUCGAUCAUCUAUUUAAUGACCCUCAGAUCAAAGGGACCUUAUUAUGGUGCGUGGGAAGUAACGAAGGAGUUGAAGAAGUCAAACUAUACUGCACUUCGCAGUAGAACCAUGGCUGUAAAAAUCAAACCGGGGUAUUUUUGAUUUUUUAUUCUAAAUCUAAUUAUAGUUAUGUUAGGUUUUCUAUGUAUUUUUUAUUGUUUUAAUUUACAAUUUACUUACUCGUAUCUCGUAUAUUUUGGUUGUGUUGUGAAGUCAAAUAAUUCGGUAUUAGGUAGGUACCUAGGAUUGAAAUUUUUUAGGGAAUUUUUCAAUUUUUUUGAUUAUCUAAUUACUUAUUCAUUUGUUUUUCGAUUCUUCGAAUAAUUUUCAACGCUGCCUUCUUGGAGAUUUUAUUGAUUCUCAAUUCGUUUUCAUUAUUUUUUUACGCGAUUUUUUUUGUCACAUCGUCUUUUGGAGGAAUGGGGUGCCUAUGUUGGAAAUUUUCAUGAGAUUGUCGAAGAUGUGAAAGAUUUUUAGUGAUACUGUAAGUUGAAGCACCUUUUGCUUGUAUCUGCGAGUUUCAGCUAGUUGAUGAUUUUUAAGAGAAAGUCAGCAAGCAUGCUGAGUGAUUAAUUCGAGUUCUUUUAAUGUAUUCAAGAAGUUUUGCAUAAUUUUAAAUGCUUGUCUCAUGUUUGUUUUUGAAGUAAAAUUUUAUUUUGAUGAAGAUUUGAAUUUUUUUGUUUUUUUGAAUAAUCUGUUAGGUAGGUACCUACUGCUGUUCAAUUUCGAACAAAUUUUCAAAAUUUUUGUUGUUUUUUUUACGAUCUUUUUCACAAUAAGUACGUGUGUUUCAGUAAGUUUUUGGUCAUUUUUUUAGAUUUUUGCCUAAUUUAUU